UGGACGCUCCGCUCCCGGGACUCGGGGCCGCUGAGAGCGGGGAGUGCGAACUGCCGGGCGAUGCCGCCGCCCUGACCCCGCCGCCAACGACGACCCCCGCCCGCCCGCCAGCUCCCCGGCUCCCUGCAGCGGGCCCCCAGUCGCCUGUCCCUCCUGCUCGCCCGGCCGGCCGGCGGAGCCCAUGCCCGAGCGCCGGGCAGCGCCAUGGAUGUGACGAAAAUGGGCAGCAUCCACCUGCAGAACCCCAGCCACCCCACCGGCCUGCUGGGCAAGGCGAACCAGAUGCGGCUGGCGGGGACGCUGUGCGACGUGGUCAUCCUAGUGGACAGCCAGGAGUUCCACGCCCACCGGACCGUCCUGGCCUGCACCAGCAAGAUGUUCGAGAUCCUCUUCCACCGCAGCAGCCAGCACUACACCCUGGACUUCCUGUCGCCCAAGACCUUCCAGCAGAUCCUGGAGUACGCCUACACGGCCACGCUGCAGGCCAAGGUGGAGGACCUGGAUGACCUGCUCUACGCCGCCGAGAUCCUGGAGAUCGAGUACCUGGAGGAGCAGUGCCUCAAGAUCCUGGAGACCAUCCAGGCCUCGGACGACAACGACCCCGGGCCCGAGCCCGGGCCGGACCCCGGCGAGGACGAGGAGCGUAAGGCGCGCUGCCUCAAGGGCCUGCUGGCCGCCCAGCCCGGCCCGCGGGGGCCCCCGCUGGCCCACAGCCCCUCGCUCUCCACCUCCUUCGGCCUGCCGGCCCUCAGCCCCACGAAGGCCGCGGUGGACAGCCUGAUGGCCAUCGGGCAGUCGCUGCUGCCGGGCCCAGCGGCCCGGGGGCCGGACGAGGCCGGCGGCGGGGCCGAGGGCAAGGCGGAGAUGAUGCAGGUGGACGAAGGGCAGAGCCCCCGCGGCCUGGCCGAACCCGGCGCCCCGGCGGGGGACAGGGUCGACGAGCGGGCCAAGGACAGCCCCGGGACCCCGACCCGCAGCAGCGUCAUCACCAGCGCCCGCGACCUGCACUACGGCCGGGACGAGGGCGCCGAGCCGGGCCCUCCGGCCGCCCCCGGCCCCGCCCCGGCCCCCGAGCCCGGCCAGCCGCCCGGACCCGCGGCCGAAGCCAAGCACCGGGGCCCCCUCUUCUCCGUCCUGCCCAACCACGAGACGGACUCGAGCCUGGCCCUGCCGGCCGCGGGGGCGCCCGCCCUACCCGGGCAGCCCGCUCUGGCCGUGCCCAUGGACUUCAGCACCUACGGCGGGCUCUUGCCUCAGGGCUUCAUCCAGCGGGAGCUGUUCAGCAAGCUGGGCGAGCUGGCGGUGGGCGUCAAGGCGGAGGGCCGCGGGGGAGCCACCGGAGAGCCGUGCAGCGCCUGCGGGGCCGAGCUGCCCGACAACGAGGCCUUGGAGCAGCACAGGAAGCUGCACAGCGGGAUGAAGACAUACGGGUGUGAGCUGUGUGGGAAGCGGUUCCUGGAUAGUUUGCGACUGAGAAUGCACUUACUGGCUCACUCAGCGGGUGCCAAAGCCUUUGUCUGUGAUCAGUGCGGUACCCAGUUCUCCAAGGAGGAUGCCCUGGAGAUCCACAGGCAGACGCACACUGGGUCCCCAAGAUCCAGGGGGACGUGCUGGGGACAUGGAGGGCCUCAACCUGCAUUGGCUCCUGUGGAUAUUCCUGGCCUGGAGGAACCCAACUGGGUCAGAAGGGAGAUGAUUCGGAGAGUCAAAUCUGACCUAGAAGGCACCGACAUGGCCGUCUUCUGCCUGCUGUGCGGAAAGCGCUUCCAGACGCAGUCAGCGCUGCAGCAGCACAUGGAAGUGCACGCGGGGGUGCGUAGCUACAUCUGCAGCGAGUGUAACCGCACUUUCCCCAGCCACACGGCCCUCAAGCGCCAUCUGCGCUCGCACACAGGAGACCACCCGUACGAGUGCGAGUUCUGCGGCAGCUGCUUCCGAGACGAGAGCACCCUCAAAGGGCACAAGCGCAUUCACACGGGUGAGAAGCCGUAUGAGUGCAAUGGCUGCGGGAAGAAGUUCAGCCUUAAGCACCAGCUGGAGACCCACUACCGCGUGCACACAGGCGAGAAGCCGUUCGAGUGCAAACUGUGCCACCAACGCUCCCGAGACUACUCGGCCAUGAUUAAGCAUCUGCGGACCCACAACGGCGCCUCCCCGUACCAGUGCACCAUCUGCCUGGAGUACUGCCCUAGCCUGUCGUCCAUGCAGAAGCACAUGAAGGGACACAAGCCCGAGGAGAUCCCUCCCGACUGGCGGAUCGAGAAGACUUAUCUGUACCUGUGCUACGUGUGAGGGCGGGGCCGGCGGGGCGGGGCGGGGCGGAG